AUGUCGACGGAUCGGUCUCGCCAUAAAAGGAGAUCAUCCUUCUCCGAACAGAUUCAGCGCAUGCUCAACCUCGAUCGAUCGGAUAAGGUAGUCAAUCCUCCACCCACGGCCCCACUCUGUGAGACCCUCAUUAACCAGAAGGAACAGCAGAGCGUCACAAGUGACUUGGAUCCGCCUCUGUCCCCCCAGGCGCAAUCCAAAGAUGUUUCUGUUUCUCGUGGUUCUUGCGAUAAAUUUGAAUUAGUAACGGGUCAUGCUCCCGGAGAAUCACUCAACGAGACAGGUCCCAACUCGGUCAUUUCUCCCUCAUUGACCUCUCGUAUGCCGUCUCUUGGUACUCCAGACUCUAGUCCUUCGGUUCAUCCGACUAUUCCCAAGAAUGAAGACGCUAUUCAGAUGGAGAAAGCUCAAAAUGCAAAGAUCGACAAGAUCUGUUCUUCUCCAACCUGGAAGGAGAAGGAGGAAAAGAAGAAGGAAAAAAAAGACAAGAAAGAUAGGAAGGAUAGGAAGAACAACAAGGAAAAGAGUGAGAAAAAAGAGACUAGCCGCAGUGAGCGACGUGCCACCAAACGCCUCGAAGCCGAGCGCAAGGAAUUGGAGAAACGCCUGCUUCAGCUAGAGGAAGCCCAAACUCGACUAGACAAAGGCGCUGUUGAAAGGGGUCCGAAUCGACUAGUCAAGAAGCAACCAUAUGGCAGCUCCAGUAGGGAUUCCAGUGUCGGCACCGAGAAGAGACGUCGCUCGUCAAGUUUCUCUGACUUCUUCUCAAGAUCCCGACGGGGAUCCCGAGGUAGCUCCGUGGCUGGCGAUAGUGAGACGGAGAGCUCGCAGCCUCAUUCGUCUGAAAAGGGUCCUCCUCGUCCACCUACUAUACCUCUGGGGCUGCCUGAACGCUUCGGCGCUGCGGUCACUCGAGAGCUAGCGACCAAGCAUGGAAACAUUCUAAAUGCUUCCCACCAAGUCCAAGCUUCUCGUGCGCCAGGGUCGCCAGUAGCUCACUCAAUUCACUCAACCCUCAAGUCAGACGACUUGCGCGAGAAUUGGAGGGCGGCUGAGGCAUGGCAGCAAAAGCGCGAUAGCCUGGGUACUGCGAGCGACACUUCGCACAUACCAGAAAUGCAGUUGAAUGGCCAGCCUGUGUCAGAUGACGAUGAUUCUCGAUCCUACGUUGAAUCAGAUGAUCCCAAGAGAGAUCUUGACAGGGAGGUAUUCACUGCCACGCUCAAACACGUCGGCAAACCAAUUAAACCAGACAACAAACGAAGCAAUAUUCCAAUCAAUUCAUCCAGUUUGCAGCAAAGUGUAGCUAACCGGUCGUCUAUUGCCUUCACAGCCAACGGCAAUAUGCAGAAGGGAAACAAGCCAAUUCGUCAUUCCAUUGCAAACGAUAUCCCGAUGGCGGCUUUAUGGGGCCAUUCCACGGCGUCCAAGGAGAACAAAGCGGCUCCAAAAGGCCCAAAGCCAUUCCCUAAUAACAGCGCGCCCAGAUUGCUUCAGACAAAGGCUUACAAGUCGUCUCCGCUGGCGAUGAACCCGAAUAAGAUAGACCCGCAGACAGCAUCGAUCCCACUUUGUGCUUAUGAGUCGAUCAUUCCACAGCCAUUACGCCUUUCCCAGUCGCUCCUGCGUGGCAGUGGCGCCCAAAGUGUAGCAACUCAACCCAGCACGGCUAUUCGAGUGGAGGAGCCUUCUAAGCGCCCAGCGACCCCGUUGAGACACCCGGGUCGAACCAGUAGUGAGAGUGCGAGAUCUGGGGCAGGUACAACCGUCUCUCAGAGUGCCACAGACCGAAAUCGUCAAAUUGCUGGAAGUAAAGAUGCUACCCAAAGCGUGAGUAAGCCAGAACACAAACGAGGGCACUCUUUUUCUUCUGAGGGAUCGAGCUACGAUACUGCGGAUGAAGAGGUGCAUGCACCCGCCAGCAUCGAUGCACCCGCCAGCAUCGACGCACCCAAAAAACAGGAACCUGUCCAGUCUACACCACAGGCCCCCAUUUCAAAAGCAAGAAGCCCACCACACCUUGAAAUCCAAAGUGUGCCAAACAAGCCAUCUCCGGCCCUGGGAGGGGCUUUGGGCUUGUGGAGAAGAAAGACCAGACAGAAGGUGAAGCCCAUGCAAAUGAACCAAGUCAUUGGGAAACUGUUUGUCAUAUGCUGUCAAUGCAAAUACUGGCACGACCUGCCAUCAGAGGUGUAUGCCAAACUUGCCACUUCUGAGCACCUCCCUUCUGAAUCACGAUUGGGAAGAGCUUUCUCUCGAAGAAACAAUGUGCGAAAGCCGAUUCUCCCUUCGGACCCGAAUGAGUCUCGACGAGUUCCUAUACCCCGACGACUGCAGUUCACCGAUCAACCAGACACCACUCCAAAGGGUCCAAUUCCGGCCGAUGCAACGCCUGCCAUUCCCAGACCUCAGUGCUGCUGGUGUGGACAUGGCAUGAGCAAGAUCUGCUGCCAAGGAUGGACGACGACGGUCCAGAUGCGCGAGAGACAUCAUUAG